GACCCUGAGAACAUUCUAUUCUUAGUUCUACAGUACUUGCACCUCAAUGAGCACCAGAAUGGCUUUUACUUUUCUUUACAUUCCAAUAGAAAAACUGUUUGUUUUUUUGGCAGCUAAUGUCAGCAGGGGAUUUUACGAGUUUAAAGGAACGGCUUUGAUUUUGUGCAAGGUUUUUGCUUGGCCUAUUCUGAAAGGGCUUUAGCAGCUUAAAUGAUUGUUUUAGGGGUUGAAGCAAACCGUGGGGGCUGUGCCAGUUAUGGAGAACAGCAACUGAACUUCAACAGGAAGUAGGGUCUUUUGGUAAUGAGUUCCAGCCAGCCUUUAAACGGAGAGCUAGAGCAGUUUCACUGAUUAAUAGAUCUAUCUGUGACGAGCAAGAAGGCUGUACAAUUUUUAUUUCGACAACAAAAAACACCUAGGCACAGCUAAGUUUAGACGUGUAUAGAGACUUAAGUUUAUUGAAAGCAGCUACUCGAAAGAAGCCAGCUGGCAUGAUUUAUUUUCAAAGUCCGCAGCAUGAUUUUAGAGCUUGUCACUUAACUUCAUUAAAAACCAGAUGCUCCAUGGCUCGGACCAGACGACACUCUCAGAUCUGGGUUUGUACAGUUGCUUCUCCGCGUCAGGGGAGUGGAGUCUGAGGUGCUUGGGAAAUAAUCUGCUGAAUAAAUUGAGCAGUGUCUUGUUUCAAGCAAUACUACAAAGCAAAUCUUCGCUCUUCUGUAAGCAGUGAAACCUAUCAAGAGCGUCUGGCACGUUUAGAAGCAGAUAAGGAGUCAUUGGUGCUACAGGUAAGUGUGCUCACAGACCAGGUGGAAGCUCAGGGAGAGAAGAUCCGGGACCUGGAGAGCUCUCUGGACGAACACCAUCACAAACGGCAAACCACACAGGAAAUGCUACAACAGGAGCUGCUGAGCAGAACUUACCUUGAAACCCAGAAACUGGAUCUGAUUGAUGAAGUCUCACACCUAAAACUGAAACUAGUUGGAAUGGAAAAGGAGCAAAAUGAUUGCGACGAGAAACAGCACAAAGCUGAGUCUGUGGUAAAUCUGAUUAGUGAACUGCAGGAACAGAUGUGUAGAUUUCAGCAAGAGAUCAGUGCCAGAAUCCAGGAGAAAAAGGAGCAGGAGAGCAAAGCUAAGGACCCCCUGCAAAACAGGACAGGCACAAGUUUAGCCAGCCCCAGCAGAGAUGAGCAGAGCUGUCACUGUAGGGGAGAGAAUGGAUUAGUACAAGAACUGAAGCUCCUAAAAAACAAAGUGGAUGAACUGGAGGGGGAAAAAUCUCAGUACGAAAGAAAACUCAAAGCAACUAAGGCGGAAAUAGCUGAUCUUCAGAAGCUGCUGGCAACAAAAGAUGCAGAAAUUGAACGUCUACGGACCCAGCUAUCAUGUAGAACUCCUGUAGCGAGCGACAGCACAGACAGAGAGGAGGUGUUUAGGAGAAGGCUGAAAGAAAAACAUCAAGAAUUACAAAGGUUGAAAAUGGGAAUGGAAUCCUUGUUGGCAGCAAAUGAAGAAAAGGACCGUCGAAUAAAUGAGCUGACGAUUCUAUUAAACGAGUACAGAAAGAUGAAAGAUGCUAUGGCUGUGGCACAAGGCUCCUGUGAAAGAAUAUUGUCAGUAAGCAGUGAGGAAGAACUAAUUGGUAGUAUGGACACAAGAAAUCCUGUGCACAAAACCAACACAGAAAACAUUAGAUCUGAGAAGUCCUCCAGGUGUUCAUCGUCCUCCUUAGUUUCCCCUUCAUUUAUACAAAAUGAAUUAGAAACAAGCUGUAGAAGUAUACACACUUCUCCCGAACCCUUAGUUUCUCCAAACGAAGACAGCUUUGAAGAUCGACAAUGGGCACAGCAAAGGAUGUUAUCCAGUAGUUUGGAAGAAUUACAAAGUGGAUCAUUACAGAAGCAUAUAGUUGCGGAACCAGUAGAACCUGUUAUGUCGCCAGAGAACCGACCAUAUGUAGAAAAUAACAAGUAUCAGACAUUGCCUGGAAAAUUUUCUCGGGCAAAGCACAAUGGAGACAAUGAAAAAUACAAGCCCUCAAGUGUCCAAAUAGAUAAUGAUGAGGAUGAAGACAGUGAAUUCACCCUAAACCGCAGCAGGAGUGCCAGUGCUCCAGCUUUAGGAAAGACACUGAAAAUCGAUGACGCAACCCUAAGUUCAUCUGACCUUUCACCUCAGUCCUCUGGAGUAGACUCAGGCCAGCAGUCUCCAGUGUCCCCAGAAAACAGAAAGAAUCCCAAAGGAAUCAAGAAAUUCUGGGGAAAAAUACGAAGAACCCAGUCAGGUAGCCUUCAGGCAGGUGACUCAGGCACUUCUCAAUUCCAAAGAGGGGGGCUGCGGGCAACAGCGGGGCCUCGUCUGGCACGGACUAAAGAAACAGGAAACACAAAAAGUGACUGGAAUGCUCCAUUUUCUCAGUGGAAGAUGGAGCAGGUUUGCAGUUGGUUGGAGGAUUUUGGUCUGAGUCAGUAUGUGAACCUGGCAAGGCAGUGGGUUAAAACUGGACACACACUCUUAACAGCAUCCCCUCAGGACCUGGAAAAGGAAAUGGGAAUUAAACAUCCACUGCACAGGAAGAAGUUACAGUUGGCACUCAAAGCAUUUGGUAUGAAACAGGUAGAGAAAUCUGCAGACUUGGACCAUAUCUGGGUGACACGUUGGCUAGAUGACAUAGGGUUACCUCAGUACAAAGAUCAGUUCAAUGAAGGAAGAGUUGAUGGAAUGAUGCUACAGUACCUAACAGUGAAUGAUCUCCUGUUUCUUAAAGUUACCAGCCAGCUCCAUCACCUCAGUAUUAAAUGUGCCAUCCAUGUACUACAUGUCAACAAGUUCAACCCAAACUGCCUGAGACGCAGGCCAGGAGACGAGCACAACAGCUCGCCCUCUGAAGUAGUCCAGUGGUCGAACCACCGGGUGAUGGAGUGGCUUCGUUCAGUGGACCUGGCAGAGUAUGCCCCAAACCUGAGAGGUAGUGGAGUUCAUGGCGGGCUAAUUAUUCUGGAACCUCGUUUUAAUUCUGACACCUUGGCAAUGCUCCUUAACAUUCCGCCCCAAAAGACACUUCUAAGGAGGCACCUAACAACAAACUUCAAAAUGCUGAUUGGUUCAGAGGCCCAGCAAGAAAAGAGGGAGUUCAUGGAGUCAUCUAGCUAUGCACCCCUGACCACCACAGCAAAAGUCAGGCCAAAGAAGCUUGGAUUUUCAAACUUCGGGCAUCUAAGAAAGAAGAAGUUUGACGAUUCCACAGAUUAUGUUUACCCGAUGGACACCGCUCAGUCUGCAACGAAUGGAGCCCAAAAGGGCUAUGGGGGACACAGGAGACUUAGUCCUGUCUUUGGCAGGGACUUGCAUAGACUGGAGCAGAUGGAGGUUACUGAAGGAACAGUAAUGCAAAUAGGGGCCCUGUCAGAAGGCAUUAACAACCUUACAGUUUUUGAAAGGGACAGUGAGGACAGCACACUGCUGUUCAACCAGGCAAACCUGAAAGAAGCAACACUGUGGCAUAUAAAGGAGACUUCACUGUAACUUGAUUUCUCUUUAGUCAGCAAACACUUGGGACAAAGUGACUCAAAAAUGCAGUCCAAAAACAUCUUUGGUGACUUCAAAGACAUCUUAAAGAAGGCUGACAAAACUGAUUUCA